GCCAGCCAUUUCUUCGAGACAAAGCCCUUUCUAGUCUCUCAAACCACUCAAUUCGACUCUUGGAUACCCUUCAAACUCUCUUCUUUCUCAUCUUCUAGAUACCCCUCCAUCUCCCUCUCCAAACCACCACAAUGACCAACGACGCCUCUACCAACGGCUCUGCUGCCGCCGCAGCUCCCUCCAGCUUCGCCCUCAAGGCCGGCCUCGCCCAGAUGCUCAAGGGCGGCGUCAUCAUGGACGUCACCAACGCCGAGCAGGCCCGCAUCGCCGAAGAGGCUGGAGCCUGUGCCGUCAUGGCCCUCGAGCGAGUCCCCGCCGACAUUCGCAAGGACGGCGGCGUUGCGCGCAUGUCCGACCCGGCCAUGAUCAAGGAGAUCCAGGAGGCCGUCACCAUCCCCGUCAUGGCAAAGGCCCGUAUCGGCCACUUUGUCGAGUGCCAGAUCCUCGAGUCCCUGGGCGUCGACUACAUUGACGAGUCCGAGGUCCUGACGCCCGCCGAUGACGAGAGCCACGUCGAGAAGAGCCCCUUUAGCGUGCCCUUUGUCUGCGGCUGCCGAAACCUCGGCGAGGCCCUGCGUCGUAUUGCCGAGGGUGCUGCCAUGAUUCGAACCAAGGGCGAGGCCGGCACUGGUGACGUCGUCGAGGCUGUCCGCCACAUGAAGACUGUCAACCGCGACAUUGCCCAGGCCAAGGCUGCUCUUGCCGAGGGCGGCAUUGUGCGUCUCCGCGAGCUCGCCCGCAAGCUCGAGGUUGACGUUGAGCUGCUGCGCCAGACUGCCGAGCUGGGCCGUCUGCCCGUCGUCAAUUUUGCUGCUGGCGGUGUUGCCACUCCUGCCGAUGCCGCCCUCAUGAUGCAGCUCGGCUGCGACGGCGUCUUUGUCGGCAGCGGCAUCUUCAAGUCUGGCGACCCUGCCAAGCGAGCCAAGGCUAUUGUCCGUGCUGUCACUCACUUCCGCGAUGCCAAGGUGCUCGCUGAGUGCAGCUCUGGACUCGGCGAGGCCAUGGUUGGCAUCAACUGCGACUCCAUGAAGCCCGAGGAGAAGCUUGCCGGCCGUGGCUGGUAAACACACUGCACCAUUUCACAGAACGGGAUACAAUAAGCAGAAAGAAAAUUGGGUAUAUACAGAGAAAAUAAGACAGGAGGAUCGAUCAAAGAGCUUGAAAUGUAUUUUACUGCCAUGUUUGCUUUGGCGUUGUUGAUAUUUAUUGCAUUGGGAGGCACAUAGCAUGCUGAACAAGAAAAAGUCUGUACAACUUCGAGUUGUUAUAUUGAGUCAAGCACGAAAUCCACAUUUACUAUUUACCAUUUAUCCAUUCAUCAUCUACAUCUCUUUC